UUAUCGCGUUAUGCAAAAGCGCCGCGCGUCGCUCUCUUUUUUUCUCUUCUUUCCGUGUGUAGCCUGAAUUUUUGGCGUGUAGUUUAAUGUUCAUGUUUUCAACAUGAGAGAAAGUCAUCUAUGAGUAAUGCGAUCCGUUAGCGACACGAUUUUUCUUGAUCCUUCUUCGGAUCCAAUUGAAUUCCUCCAUUUCUAUCCUGCCUGAGGAGUUUUUCCUCUUAGUUGCGUAAUUGGCUAUCAUUCAAAAUAUCUAGCGUUCUAAUGAAUAAAACAUGCUAUCUAUUUAAACGAGUGUGAACGAACAAGCGACAUCCGAAAUAACACGCAGAGCGGUAUGAUUACUUUCGUUGAGGCGCGUAAGGGCCUUUCUCUUUCUGUGUCGUCCCUAUAGUAUAUAUAUAUCUUUCACCUGUUCCACGCGCGCAAGUCGAAGUGCCCGUAGGCUCAGGACGUAGCUUGACGUUAUUCAUUCGCCUUGUGCUUCCGGUGAAAUUUCGCGUUUUUAUCGUAAUGUAUCAUUGUUUUGCGUUUUCUCGAUAUGCCAGAUACUUAUGAUUAAAUAUAGUCCUCGUGACAAGCGAACGAACAUUGAAAUUUCAGUGCGCAGUGUAAAAUAAGUAAUAGAGGAUUUUUCUCGAAAAAAAAAUAAAAAAAAAUGCGCGUCUCCAUACAUACAUACACGCGCACGAGCACACACAUACAUUCGAGUGCGGGGUCCUGCAUGGUGGGAGAGAGGAGAGCACACACAGAAGUCGGAGAGAGAGUAGGUCAGUGGGACGGCUGGUUGCGUCGGGAGUUCGGUGUUGCUCGCGUUCAGUCAGUCUCCGUCUUUGGGCCCAGUCGGUCUUUUUCCUCUCACUCAAAGAGGGCCUUUUCGUCGCGCCUCUGCACAGUCGAUUUUUUUCAUUCUUUCUUCGCACUCAUGAAGCGCCGCUGACGAACUUCCCCUUUCUUUUCUCUCUCUCUUUCCUCUUCCUUUCUUCUUCUAUUUCUUCUUCGUCUUUUAUCUUCUACAAGGUGAAGUCUUCGAUAGUGGAUUAUUUUUACGGCGAUAUACGAUAAAGGAACGAUAAUCACAAACGAUGGAUAGGACGCGGAGGAGUAUACGGACAACAGCCCUGUCAUUACUGCUGCCGUUGUUUUUGUUGGCAAGCACAAAUGGCGAAGCUCCGCUCGACAGCAGCGCACUGCCGCUGGAGCAUCGCUCGGUAUACGGACCACCGGCUCAAUACGGACCACCGGGCGGCGGUCACGGCGGCGGUGCAGAGGAAAACUGGCCUUUGGCAUCACCGGACACUCCGCAAAUCAAGCACUUGCAAGUGCAAUGCGAGAAAACUCACAUGCGAGUCAAUAUCGAAUUCGAUCGUCCGUUCUACGGAAUGAUCUUCAGCAAAGGAUUCUACUCGGAUCCUCACUGCGUACACUUGAAACCUGGAACCGGUCACUUGAGUGCCACAUUCGAAAUUUUCCUGAACUCGUGUGGUAUGUCGUCCUCGGCAAAUCACAAUGUCGCGCAAUACGGCGCACCAACGCCUUCGGGUAGUUACGUCGAGAACACAAUCAUCAUUCAAUACGACUCGUACGUGCAAGAAGUCUGGGAUCAGGCGAGAAAAUUGAGGUGCACGUGGUACGAUUUCUACGAGAAAGCAGUAACAUUUAGGCCGUUCCAAGUUGACAUGCUGCACGCUGUUACGGCUAACUUCCUUGGUGACAAUCUGCAAUGCUGGAUGCAGAUUCAAGUUGGCAAAGGACCGUGGGCCUCCGAAGUGUCCGGCAUCGUGAAGAUUGGACAGACUAUGACGAUGGUCCUGGCUAUCAAGGAUGACGAGAAUAAGUUUGAUAUGCUUGUGAGGAAUUGUGUUGCUCAUGACGGCAAGAGGGCACCUAUUCAGCUAGUUGAUCAUGUUGGUUGCGUUGUCAGGCCUAAGAUUAUGUCGAGAUUCCAGAAGAUCAAGAACUUCGGGCCAAGUGCUUCGGUAGUAAGCUUCGCUUACUUCCAAGCGUUCAAGUUCCCCGACAGUAUGAACGUGCACUUCCAGUGCGUCAUUCAAGUCUGCAGAUACAACUGUCCCGAACCUAAUUGCAGACAUCCCGGCCUUGAAGGUUAUGGUGCCCCAUCUAACUCGAUUGCUUCUGAGUACGGAGCUCCCGUUCAUCCAGGACUUUCUGCCGAAUAUGGAGCUCCACCAGUGCCAGAAUACGGAAUUCCUCCUGGUUAUGCUGACCCACGUCAUCCUAGCGGACCCGCUGGUGCCUACAGUGAGCCAAGUCCCGACAUAGUACCAGCUCCUCAAGCGCAAACAUCCUCGUCGUCACCAAGCUCGACGUCGACGAACAAUAACGACGCGACGGCAAGUAGCAGUGCCCCACAAGCGGCGCCACAAACCCAACAGCAGCAGCAGCAGCAGCAGCAGCAGCAGCAGCAACAGCAGCAGCAAGAUAGCAUUCACUUGCCACCGCCACCAUUACCCGGACAUCCUGCAGCGGCAUACCAGACGGUCAAGAGGAAGGGUACAGUAGGUGGCGACGAGCUUGAAAAUAAUCUUGCUAAACUCGGUGGAAGGCCGAGGUCCGUUGAAGGACUGCCUGCGGAACUUCGUGGUGCCAGGAGGCGAAGGAACGUCAUCAAUUCUGACGGAGAUGAUAACGAGGACCUCUUCCACACGGUGGCGUUCGUGACUUCGCAUGUAUACAAACGCGCCGCACAAGAGAUGACGGACGUCAACACCUCACGAAUCAUUCAAGUAGUUGCCCCGGGAGACGUAAACUUCGCAUUGGGUACUCAAAGUACCGACAACGAUACGACCGUCGUAAUACAAGACGCAGCAACGAACGAUUCCGAAACGAUUUGUAUGUCGCUGCCAGGUUUCGUCGGUGGCUUGGUUAUGCUUCUACUUGUGAUUAUCGUAGCGUCACUUGUUGCAGCAUUCUUAUUCGUACGCGUACGCGCUAUCGACCGAAAGAACGUUGGCAUCAGUUUGAGCUUCGCUCAUCCAGCUUUUAUUACUGACAAUCCCGAACUCGUAAAGGUCGCUAAUUGACAGGUUUUUCAUUCUGUUUCUUUGACUAAAGAAUCUUACAAGUAAUGGAGAGGUGAUACAUCGAGGCACCUCUGAUUAUUGGAAAAAGUAAAAAGAAUCAUCUCUCUUUUGCCUCUGUAUCCAAUAAUGUGUGUGUCUCUCUCUCUCGAGUGCGCGCGGGCGCUCGCUAGUCAUUUCGAGGCGGCGGCUGCCGUGUACAUAUUAUUAUUAUUAUUAUUAUUAUUAUUAUUAUUAUUAUUAUUAUUAUUAUUAUUAUUAUUAUUAAUUAUAUAUGAUGAUUUUGUGUCGGGAGAGGCAGAGGCAAAAGAGAGGCUCGAGGAGCACUCUUUCUGUCUCGUGUGUUACAUGUAUAUGUAUAUAUAUAUAUAAUAUAUUGCGCGUGCGCGCGGAAUAAUGAAGAAAAGAACUCGCUCGUUGCUCCUCGAGCAAUAAAAAAAAUAUGUAGAACCCUAAUAUCACUCGCACAUAUAUACAUAUCAACAAAUCUAUAUUUUUCUCUUUGUUUUACUUUCGACUUUAUUGUUCGACGAUGAUUGCAACACUUGACUUUCUAUCGAUUUAAGCCUUUGUAAGAAGAAAACAAAACUAGGUAUUGUCCGACCCAGACCCCUUUUCGAUCGAGGUUGACUAUUGGGGUUUAAACCUCGAAGUGGUUAUGCUUUGUCGGUCUGUACUUACGAUUAAAUGUAUCUUUACAUUUGUAUUUAUUGUUCGUCGACGAACAGAAUCCAUUAUUAACUAUGUAUUAUUGUAAUCAUAACCCGCCCUCCCCUUUUUUAUUCCUUACCCUCUUUCACUCUUUUUUUAUCAUCUUCAUUAGCCAUCGCUCGACGUUGUAUGUACACUUUCUACUCGUUUUUUUUCAUAUUUACUUGUGAAUCAAAAGAAAGGCGAUGUAAAGUUGAAAUAAGCAAUCGCGUUACCUCUCAUCGAUUACCCAAUACUCUCUAUCGUGUUCCUAUUUUUUCUCCUUUCCUUUCAACUAAAGACGCACUAAAAUCUAACUUAUUGCUCUUUUCUUUCGAUCUUGCGCGGUCGAUCAUCCAAGGCAUUCCCAACGACGCGACAUUCGACUGGGAAUCGAAUCAAUGUACGUGUCUUUUGAGCACACACGCCCUAAUAACUGUCACAACACGACGACGUUAUUGGAUUAUGAUAUCGAUGAAUUGUUUGUA